CCCAUUUUACUAGGGAGGGAAUGUUAGAUUACUAUAAUUACAUCAAAUAGCUGCCUGCUCGUGGGUUGAAACCGAUAAAUUGUUUCUCCUGUUAGAAUUAAAAGCGUUGUUCACAUUUUAUAGAAACAUUUCUGACAAAUUUUCGCCCAAGAUAUAUUUUUAUUUCUUCAGAAAUAUUUAAGAUCACGUUUAAUGAAUCAUUUUCUUAUCAAACAGAAAAAUGUGAAAGAUUACAAAAACUACUUAUAUAAUUGAUUUAUUUUUUCCUUGUUGUUGACAGCGAGAUUCAACCCAUCUCAAAUUAAACUUUCCCCUCUCAUUGUGAGAUAGAUGAAAACUAAUUGUAAGUAGGCACUCUAUCCCCCAUAAUUUAUAUCGCGCUCGAAUCAGACAAGGUCAAGCCAAUGACACACUGAUGCGAGUAUUAUACAAGCUAACAACAAAUUUUUUCUAAAAUCCUCACCUUCAAAUCGAUUUCUUAAUCGGACAUCACGUUUUUUAUCAUAGGAAAACAAUUUCCCAACUAAGCUCUUUCAAUAUUUUGGCAAAUCUAAUAAUGUAAAUAACAAAUCUCAAGCGGUCAAAACAUGUGAUUCAUAUCGCGAAUCACUCGAUCAAUCAUCUACACACGUGAAAUAUGAUAACGGCCAGGUAUAAAAGUUGCGACUUUCAGCGAGAAGGUAUACAGAGACAAAAUGAAACUGUUCAUCGCGUUUUGCAUCUUGGCGGCGGCUUCGGCCGUCGAUAUCCGCCAGAUUCGCCCCGAGGUGCGAUAUGUGGAGCCGCUGAGAGAGCCAGAGAUGUUCACAAUCACUGAAUGGCAGCGUGUUAUAGAAAAUAUGCAGCCAAGAAUUGACCCACCAGUUCUUGACAGAACAAUGAAAAAGCCUCAACCACCUUUCGCAGGAAAGAUUUUCAUCAAUGCAAAAGAUGAGGGUCGCAUCGUAAAUGGCGCCGUGGCCGUCAGGGGCCAGUUCCCCUGGCAGGCGGCCGUCUACAUCGACUCUGCUUCUUUCUGCGGCGGCUCUCUGAUUUCGACCACUUACAUUCUGACCGCGGCCCACUGCGCCCAAGGCACCUCGUACCGAGUAGUGCUUGGCGUCCAGAACAUCACGCGACCAGAAACUGGAAGUGUUAGCUUGACGACCACCUCCAAAAUUGUGCACCCCAGUUACAGCCCGACUACUCUAAAUAAUGACAUCGCCCUUUUGAGGUUGCCCUCAGCCGUUACACUCUCCACUUAUAUUUCGUUGAGUAGGCUGCCAAGGCUGUCAGACGCAUCAAACACCUUCUCAGGAACACUAGCCACAGUUAGUGGAUGGGGAAAGCCUACUGACGCCUCUACCAGUGUUAGCGACGUUUUGCGAUACGUUUCUGUUCCCGUAAUUACCAAUACAGCCUGCGCUGGAGUGUACGGCUCUACCGUAAUUGUCGCAUCUACACUGUGCUGCUCAGGAGCAGGUGGCAAGUCUUCUUGCAACGGUGACUCUGGCGGCCCGCUGGUCUACACAGAAGCUGACGGCCAAAGAACGCAAAUUGGAGUCGUCUCGUUUGUCUCUUCGACAGGAUGCGCGUCUGGCAACCCUUCGGGAUACGUCAGGGUUACCAGUUUCUUGAACUGGAUAUCAACCAAUACCGGGAUUGCUAUUAGGCCUUAACUCAUGUUUCCUCCCGUUGUAAGAAUUAAGAAAAAAUAAAAGAAUACAAUUAAAGUCUUGGUGAA